UUCAGAGUGAUGACGUCAUGAGUUCGCACUGGGCGAUCGAGAGAGCGAAAGUGUAGUAUUCUCUGUGUGUCUUUCGAUUAUUACGUAAACUCCGUAGCCACACACAACUUCGCUCUAAAAAUCACGGAGCGUUGCGAAGGCACCGCAAUAUCGUACUUUUCGGAAAACAUCGUUAAGACUUCGCCUCCUUUCGUCUCUCCCCCGCUCUUAGUAUUUGUUGACAAAUAAAAUCCGAACAUACCCGAUUGAAGCCGAGAAAGUGCCCUCCGUGCUGAUAUAACCUAAGUGUUUGUAGUGCAAGGAGAACUGACGAAACAAUGCCAUGAAGUUUUAAAAGCUACGAUUUCAUCAUUUUCCCGUAAUCUGCAUCCAACUUAGGAUGAUGGCAAACACAGAGUCAGAGGAGCCAGCAAGUGCAAUGGAUGAGGCUAAAGACAAGGGGAUUUUGUCAGGGACUAAUCUUGAACAUGAUGAAGCUGAAGUAACAGCUCCUGUAUCAUCAGCAGCGGGAUCAUCAGCUCCAGGAUCGUUAGCUCCUCAAGCGACUUCAAUCCCAGGAGGAAGCAAUGUAACAGCUCCUGUAGCACUAGCAGCGGGGUCAUCAGCUCCUGGAGUAGCGGCCGGAUCAUCAGCUUCUCAAGCGACGGCAAUCCCCGGAGGAAGCAACGGUAAUUAUUGUUGUCACUGUUUUUUAUUAUGGUUAAUCGUCCCAAAAUUAAAUGAACAUCUUAUUUGGAAUCUGUGAUUUAUGAUGAAUGGAAUAUACAUAUGUUUUCAAAUUUUAAGUUCAUCCAAUCCUCAUCAGUAAAUAAGCAUUGUAUUAAUUUAAUAGGCAGAACAAUCACAAUGAAUACACAUAUGACACAACAAUUACUCAGUUACUAAAUUAAAGCUAUUGACUUGACAAUAAAUGACAUAAUAUGAUUCAUAAAUUAAUAGUUUGCUUUUCUCUUUUAUGUUUUUCCC